AUGCCUCUCCUUUCGCGUUUAGGCGCAGUUGCACUGCAAAUUUUGAUUAUCAGCAAUGUCUGCUUAGCUUAUCCAGAACUGGUUGACAAAAUCAGAGCCCGUCAGAUAAAUAUAGGAUCACUGAGGUCGUCAUACGACUACAUUAUUGUCGGUGGAGGGCAAAGUGGGUUGGUUAUCGCUAACAGAUUAAGUGAAGAUUCAACAAAAAAUGUCCUCGUAGUUGAAUACGGAUACGUCGAUAACAAUCCCAGCCAACUGGAGCCUAGUUCAGCUACAAGUUACCCGUCCAGGGACCUUUUCAACGUCACGACAGUCCCUCAAACAGGGAUCGGUGGCAAGCGUGUCUCGAUUUACGCUGCUUCCGUCGUCGGCGGUGGAUCUACAGUGAACGGUAUGCUCUUCGACCGCGGCGCUGCUGAAGAUUACGACAACUGGGCGGCCCUCGGAAAUCCUGGCUGGGAUUUUGCUGGGCUUCUACCAUACUUCAAGAAGUCAACUACAUUUGGUACUCCAGAUCCUGCCAUCGUUCAAGAAUACGGGAUUACCUGGGAGCCUUCUGCCUACGGAAACGGUCCCAUUCAAGUCACAUUCCCAUCUUGGCAAUGGCCAACCAUCAAGGUUCAGUGGAAGGCAUGGAACGAAGUCGGUGUCCCUACAAUGCGUGAUGGUGAGAAUGGCAAUGCCUAUAACGCAUACUGGGUACCAAACAAUGUUGAUGCACAAUCUCGUCGUUCAUAUGCCAAGAAUCGAUAUUUUGACACAGUAUCAUCUCGUUCAAACCUUCAUCUUUUGACAGGGUACAGAGUCAACGAUAUUCAAUUCUCAUCCGCCAAGAAAGCAGAGAGCGUUCGUAUUCAGCAGCGAGGAACUCCAAAUGGAGGCUCAACCACUACUAUUAGGGCCAAUCAGGAGAUUGUCCUCUGCGCCGGCUGGCUUAACACUCCUGCAGUUCUUCAAAGAAGUGGUAUCGGUCCACAAGACCUUCUAAGUCGCGCUAACAUUCCAGUUGUGGUUGACCUUCCUGGUGUGGGGUCUAAUCUCCAAGACCACCCUGCAACUCAAAUUAACUUCCAAUAUACUCGAGACCUUCAACCCAACCAGGCAUCACUUUAUACCAACCAAACGUUCCAAGCAUGGGCUCAACAGCAAUGGCAACAAUUCCGCAAGGGCCCUAUGUCGAUGCUAGUGGGCAAUGCCCUCGCGACCCUUCCACUUCCCACCAUGCUCUCCACGUACCAGUCCCUGAUUAGCCGUGUGAAUAGCCAAAAUGCUGCCCAGUAUCUCCCUAGCACAUACAGCGCAGCUAGUAUCCGUGGUUAUGAGGCUCAGAGGAGAGUUCUAAUGGCAUCAUACGCCUCACUUAAGAACGGUAUUGUCGAGAUUCCAUUCUCCGGCGGUGGAGGCACCUCUCUUGUCCACGAAAAACCAUUGAGUCGAGGAACCGUUCUCAUUAAUCCCUCCGACAAAUGGGCUGACCCCAUUGUCGACUAUAACACCUCUAUUAACCCCAUCGAUAAUGAGAUCUUUGUCGCUAUGAUCAAAUUCUACAGGCGGUGGAUGCAAGCUCCCUCUAUGCAACAACUGGGACCACAGGAACAAUCCCCUGGCGCUAGUUUAACGACUGACCAACAAUUGAUCAACUAUGCCACCCAAGGAAUGAUUUCCAGCACCGCCCACUCUUGCGGCACCUCGGCCAUGAUGCCUCAAGAUCAAGGAGGCGUUGUGUCGUCCCAGCUCCUAGUAUACGGUGUUACUGGUCUGAGCGUUGGUGACAUCUCCAUUAUCCCACUGAUCCCAGCUACCCAUACCUGUGCCACUGUCUAUGCAAUUGCUGAGAAGGCCGCCGAUCUCAUCAAAGCUAGAGCUGGAAAUAAUCCAACAACUUCCUCGACCACUUCAGUUCGAACAACAACUUCUACCACGAGGACAACAACUCCAGUAACGACCCCAACAACGACGGGAUCUGGGGGCACCCAAAGCAAAUGGGGUCAAUGUGGUGGAAUUGGGUGGACGGGCCCGACAGCCUGUGUAUCAGGCUCCACAUGCCAAUCUCUCAAUCCCUACUACUCACAAUGCUUGUAG